AUGUUGUCGAGGCAGGUCCGCCGACUUCCCUACCGCCAGGCCGUGCGAACGCUCGCGACGGCCAACGCGCAGGACCGCUUCGCGAAUGGCACCAACGCGUACUACGCCGAGGAGAUGUUCCGCGCUUGGAAGGAGGACCCGAAGAGCGUGCAUGUUUCCUGGGACGCGUAUUUUAAGGGCCUCGAUAAGGGCCUGGGCGCUGGCGCGUUUGCGGCGCCGCCUGCUGGUGCUGAACUUGCGCCUGGGGGAGGCGGACUGCCGAGUUUGUUCGCUGAGGGCGGAACGCAGCUCGACGACCAUCUCAAGGUCCAGCUGCUCGUCCGCGCGUACCAGGUCCGCGGACACCACGUCGCCGAGCUUGACCCGCUCGGGAUUAUGGACCCCGACCUGAGCAGCUCGCACCCGCCCGAGCUCGAGCUCUCGCACUAUGGCUUCUCUGAGCGCGACUUGAGCAAGGAGAUCACGCUUGGUCCGGGUAUUUUGCCGCAUUUCGCGACGGACGACCGCAAGACUAUGAAGCUGGGCGAGAUCAUCAAGACGCUCCAGCGCAUGUACUGCGGUCACGUUGGGAUUCAGUACAUCCAUAUUCCCGACAAGGAAGAGUGCGACUGGAUCCGCUCGCGCGUCGAGACGCCCAAGCCGUGGAACUACACGACCGACGAGAAGCGCAUGAUCCUCGACCGCCUCAUCUGGUCCGAGUCGUUCGAGAAAUUCAUCGCGUCGAAGUACCCGAACGAGAAGCGCUUCGGUCUCGAGGGCUGCGAGUCGCUCAUCCCCGGUAUGAAGGCGCUCAUCGACCGUUCGGUCGACCACGGCAUCCGCCACGUUACUAUGGGCAUGCCUCACCGCGGUCGUCUCAACGUGCUCGCGAACGUCAUUCGCAAGCCGAUCGAGGCUAUUCUCAACGAGUUCGCUGGCGCUGGCUCGGACGACGAUCCCGCUGGAGAUGUCAAGUACCAUCUUGGUGCGAAUUACGUGCGCCCGACGCCCAGCGGGAAGAAGGUCUCGCUUUCGCUCGUGGCGAACCCGUCGCAUCUUGAGGCCGAGGACCCGAUCGUGCUCGGCAAGACGCGCGCUAUCCAGCACUUCGAGGGCGACGAGCAGGCGCAUACGACUGCUAUGGGCGUGCUCUUGCACGGUGACGCGGCGUUCGCCGGCCAGGGCGUCGUCUACGAGACGAUGGGCUUCCACAACCUCCCGUCCUACGGCACCGGAGGCACGAUCCACCUCAUCGUGAACAACCAGAUCGGGUUCACGACCGACCCGCGUUUCGCGCGCUCGACGCCGUACCCGUCCGACAUCGCCAAGUCCAUCGACGCGCCGAUCUUGCACGUCAACGGCGACAACGUCGAGGCCGUCACGUUCGUGUGCCAGCUCGCGGCGGACUACCGCGCCAAGUUCAAGAAGGACGUCGUCAUCGAUAUCGUGUGCUACCGUCGCUACGGACACAACGAGACGGACCAGCCGAGCUUCACGCAGCCGAGGAUGUACCAGGCCAUUGAGAAGCAGCCGACGCCGCUGACGAAGUACUCGAAGUUCCUCGUCGACCGUGGCACCUUCACGCAGAAGGAUAUCGACGAGCAUAAGAAGUGGGUGUGGAGUAUGCUCGAGAACGCCGCGGCUGGAGCGAAGGAUUACGUGCCGACGAGCAAGGAAUGGCUUUCGGCUGCGUGGCCUGGAUUCCCUAGCCCGAAGAAGCUCGCUGAGGAGACGCUCCCGACGCGUCCGACGGGUGUUGAGCCCGAUACGCUCAAGCACGUCGGCAAGACGAUCGCCGGCGCGCCGCAGGGCUUCACUGUUCACCGCAACCUCAGCCGUAUCCUCGGCAACCGCGGCAAGACUGUCGAGGCCGGCGAGGGCAUCGACUGGUCCACCGCCGAGGCGCUCGCGUUCGGCUCGCUCCUGCUCGAGAAGAAGCACGUGCGUGUGUCGGGCCAGGACGUCGAGCGUGGGACGUUCUCCCAGCGCCAUGCGGUCCUGCACGAUCAGAACAACGAGGGGCAGUUCGUCCCGCUCAACAACCUCGGCGGCGACCAGGCCAAGUUCGUCGUGUGCAACUCGAGCUUGUCCGAGUUCGGCGUGCUCGGCUUCGAGCUCGGGUACUCGCUCGUCAGCCCGGACUCCCUUGCCAUCUGGGAGGCGCAGUUCGGUGAUUUUGCGAACAAUGCGCAGGUGGUGAUUGAUCAGUUUAUUGCGGCGGGCGAGAGGAAGUGGUUGCAGAGGACGGGGCUGGUUAUGAGCUUGCCCCAUGGUUAUGAUGGGCAGGGUCCGGAGCAUUCAAGUGGACGUAUCGAGCGGUUCUUGCAGCUCUGUGACGAUCAUCCGAAUGUGUACCCCACGCCGGAGAAGAUCGAGAGGCAGCACCAGGACUGCAAUAUGCAGAUCGUGUACGCGACGACGCCGGCUAACUACUUCCACGUCCUCCGUCGCCAGAUCCACCGCGACUUCCGCAAGCCGCUCAUCAACUUCUUCUCCAAAUCCCUCCUCCGCCACCCGCUCGUCAAGUCUCCCCUCACCGACAUGACAGAAGGCACCUCCUUCCAGCGCUUCAUCCCCGAGACGCAAGAGCUCGUCGAGCCCGCGCAGAUCAAGCGCCACAUCCUCUGCUCCGGCCAGGUCUACUACACGCUCCUCGCCGAGCGCGAGGCGCGCGGGAUCAAGGACAUCGCCAUCUCGCGCGUCGAGCAGCUCUCUCCGUUCCCGUACGACAUGGUCACGCCCGCGCUCGACGCGUACCCGAAUGCGGACCUGCUGUGGUGCCAGGAGGAGCCGAUGAAUAAUGGCGCGUGGAGCUAUGUUGGGCCGAGGAUUUAUACGGCGGGACGGGAGAGCGAGCAUCAUAAGGGGAAGUACCCGCUUUAUGCUGGACGUGGCCCGACGAGCAGUGUGGCGACGGGAAGCAAGGCGCAGCAUAAGAAGGAGAUCGAGAUGUUCCUUGAGGAGGCGUUUUCGGUGAAGGCGUAG